UGACAGUGAACGCACCAUCACAAUCCCGAUUCUCCAUCUUCCUCAAACCAGGCAAGGGACCAACCUGCGUCUGUCACCCACCGUAACAUUUUCCCGCUGACAUACACUCCACCAGACUUUAAAGGACCACAGUCAUGACGGACUCCAAAUAUUUCACAACAAACAAAAAAGGGGAGAUCUUUGAGCUGAAGGCAGAGCUGAACAAUGAGAAGAAGGAGAAGAGAAAAGAGGCAGUCAAGAAGGUCAUCGCUGCCAUGACCGUUGGCAAGGAUGUCAGUUCUUUAUUCCCAGAUGUGGUGAACUGCAUGCAGACCGACAACCUGGAGCUGAAGAAGUUGGUCUACCUUUACUUGAUGAACUACGCCAAGAGCCAGCCCGACAUGGCCAUCAUGGCUGUCAACAGCUUCGUCAAGGACUGUGAGGACCCCAACCCUCUGAUCCGAGCUCUGGCCGUCCGCACCAUGGGCUGUAUCCGGGUGGACAAGAUCACCGAGUACCUGUGCGAGCCGCUGAGGAAGUGCCUGAAGGAUGAGGACCCGUACGUGAGGAAGACGGCGGCUGUUUGCGUGGCUAAACUUCAUGACAUCAAUGCACAGAUGGUGGAGGACCAAGGCUUCCUGGACUCCCUGAGAGACCUCAUUGCUGACUCCAAUCCCAUGGUUGUGGCCAACGCAGUCGCUGCCCUGUCUGAGAUCAGCGAGUCUCACCCCAACAGCAACCUACUGGACCUCAAUCCCCAGAACAUCAACAAGCUGCUGACGGCGCUCAACGAGUGCACAGAGUGGGGACAGAUCUUCAUCCUGGACUGUUUGUCCAACUACAACCCCAAGGAUGAGCGCGAGGCCCAAAGCAUCUGUGAGCGUGUCACUCCCCGGCUGUCUCACGCCAACUCAGCAGUGGUGCUGUCAGCUGUCAAGGUUCUGAUGAAGUUCUUGGAGCUGCUGCCAAAGGACUCCGACUACUACAACACCUUGCUGAAGAAGUUAUCCCCACCGCUGGUCACCUUGCUCUCUGGAGAGCCUGAGGUCCAAUACGUGGCUCUGAGGAACAUUAACCUCAUUGUCCAGAAAAGGCCUGAGAUCCUGAAGCAGGAGAUCAAGGUUUUCUUUGUCAAGUACAAUGACCCUAUCUAUGUGAAACUGGAGAAACUGGACAUCAUGAUCCGCUUGGCCUCCCAGGCCAACAUUGCCCAGGUACUGGCCGAACUGAAGGAAUACGCCACAGAGGUGGAUGUUGACUUUGUGCGCAAGGCUGUACGAGCCAUAGGACGCUGUGCCAUCAAAGUGGAGCAAUCAGCUGAGCGCUGCGUCAGCACCCUGCUGGACCUGAUCCAGACCAAAGUCAACUACGUGGUUCAGGAGGCUAUUGUGGUCAUCAGGGACAUCUUCCGCAAGUACCCCAACAAGUAUGAAAGCAUCAUCGCCACACUGUGUGAGAACCUGGACUCUCUGGAUGAGCCCGACGCUCGUGCUGCCAUGAUCUGGAUUGUUGGCGAGUACGCCGAGAGGAUCGACAACGCUGACGAGUUGCUGGAGAGCUUCCUCGAGGGUUUCCAUGACGAGAGCACCCAGGUCCAGCUCACUCUGCUGACUGCCAUUGUCAAGCUGUUCCUUAAGAAACCAUCAGAGACUCAGGAGUUGGUGCAGCAGGUCCUCAGCUUGGCCACCCAGGACUCUGAUAACCCCGACCUGCGUGACCGAGGCUACAUUUAUUGGCGCCUGCUGUCCACUGACCCUGUGACGGCCAAGGAGGUGGUGUUGUCAGAGAAGCCCCUGAUCUCAGAGGAAACAGACCUGAUCGAACCCACCCUACUGGACGAGCUCAUCUGCCACAUUGGCUCCCUGGCUUCUGUCUAUCACAAACCCCCCAGCGCGUUCGUCGAGGGCAGCCAUGGAAUCCACCGGAAACACCUUCCUGUGCAGCACAGCAGCAUUGACACAGGUGAGAGCCCAGUGAGCGGCGGGCCAGCAGCUGCCAUGGACCAGCCACAUGUGAUCCCCAGCCAGGGUGACUUGCUGGGUGACCUGCUGAACCUGGACCUGGGCCCUCCAGUCAAUGUGCCCCAGGUCUCCUCCAUGCAGAUGGGUGCGGUGGAUCUUCUGGGAGGAGGCCUGGACAGUUUGCUGGGGGGAGACCUGGGCGGAGGUGUUGGGGGAAGUCCAGCAGUGGGACAGAACUUCAUCCCUUCAUCUGUCCCCAGUACUUUUGCUCCGUCACCCACACCAGCUCCUCAGGCUGUCAGCAGUGGCCUUAACGACUUGUUUGAGCUUUCCACCGGCAUGGCCAUCACCACUGGAGGCUUCGUAUCCCCUAAAGCAGUGUGGCUGCCGGCAGUGAAAGCCAAAGGACUGGAGAUCUCUGGAACCUUCUCUCGCCGCCAGGGUCACAUGUACAUGGACAUGACCUUCACCAACAAGGCCCUGCAACACAUGACCGACUUCGCUGUCCAGUUUAACAAGAACAGUUUCGGGGUGAUCCCUACCAGUCCUCUGCCCAUUCAUACUCCGCUGAUGCCCAGUCAGAGUAUUGAGAUCUCUUUGCCUAUCAAUACCAUCGGGCCAGUCAUGAAGAUGGACCCUCUCAAUAAUCUGCAGGUGGCUGUGAAGAACAGCAUCGAUGUCUUCUACUUCAGCGUACUCAUCCCUCUCAACAUAUUCUUUGUUGAGGAUGGAAAAAUGGAGCGACAGGUGUUCCUGGCUACCUGGAAAGACAUCCCCAAUGAGAAUGAGCUCCAGUACCAGAUAAAGGAGUGCCACCUAAAUGCAGACACAGUAUCGGGCAAGCUGCAAAAUAACAACAUCUACACCAUUGCCAAGAGAAACGUAGAAGGCCAGGAUAUGCUCUACCAGUCCCUCAAGCUAACCAACGGCAUCUGGAUCUUGGCUGAGCUCCGCAUUCAGCCAGGCAACCCCAACUACACGCUGUCUCUCAAGUGUCGGGCCCCGGAGGUUUCUCAAUACGUCUACCAGACAUACGACUCUGUGCUGAAGAACUGACCUGCUUUCCCACUCAGCAACUUGGCUUCAUCCUGACGACAAACUGCAGUGUUUUAUCAUUUUCUGCCAUCUGCAGCAACUGCCAAAACAAAGGAAUCCAAACAGUAAAUGACGGGUUUCUAAAUAAUUUGGAAUAUUUGUUUUUUUCCUCUGAAGACAAAUUUCAAUACAAAAGAAUAGUGUGUGUAUAUCAUACUGGAGUUAAAACGUUCAAACGCUGUUGAUGUUCUUUAUUUUGGCAGUUUGAAGCAGCAUUGGAUCCUGUUUCAACCCCCAUUUAAAUUUUUACCUCCCAGUGAGAACACGUCAACCAUUCCAUCCUUAACUUAGUGUCUUAAUGUUGUAAAGAUGUGGCUGAUGGUGAAACUGUCAAACGAGUGAAAAAAUAAUCUUCCUAGUUUCCAUUAAGCCAUUCUUUUGUACGGUGUGUGGCUCACACUCCUUUUGGUUGUCUUUUUUUUUUGUCUUGACUUUGCUUCAGUUGCACCUUCAGAAUAAUACCAGUGUUGAUUUGUUCCUUUUGCCAUUAACAUGUGUGAACCAACAAUGUGAUCAACGGAAGCUACUAACGUCUGUGCUACAGCAGGUUUGCCUCCCGGAGGUCAAAGCUUACAGUUACUUACAGAGACAUGCUAAAUUAACCAACGUUAUAUUGCGCAACAUACGUGUUCCUGUUCUUCCUGUCAUGACUUAAACACAGCUUCUUGUAUUUAAUUGGUGAUAGAAAUAUUACUGUUCCUCUAUAAGUAUAACGCCCAGUUUAGACCAAAGAUUGGCAGCGCAACAAAACCGGUUUAGAACGUUGCAGAAAAAAAGUGUCAGCGGUGUGAACUGGUUGGUCUGAGCUCGACUCAAGCUGGGUGAUGGUGUGACCUGCAGAUAGCUGGUCAAAUUGCUGAUGGCUGGUUUUAAAGCACAUCACCUGUUUCAACAGCCAGUCAGCUUGUAGUGAAGCUCACUGGUCAAGUCAAAAUGACUGCAGGAGGCGUGUUCACUUGCUGCAGCAGGUGCUCCAUCCCCAUCGAGCCCUCUGCGUCCUCACCGUGUGCCAGUGUCAGACGGUGGCGAUAAUUGGUGCUGUUUUUAAAAAUAUAUAUAUUACUGUGGCGUAUUGAUUAUGAAUACAGUCCAUCUGAUGCUGGUUUUGUUUCAUCACUGUAACCAGUAUCUCACUAUCACUAUCCCCAUUCAGAUUUUAA